AUGGCGCGCGCGCGAGGAGGAUGGGCGCGCGCCGCGGUCGGUCUCUGCGCGGUCGUCGUCGCGCUCGUCACGGCGUCGCGGGCGGAUGAGUACGCGAGCGCGGUGGAACGCGCGGUGGCGAACUCGCGAGGCUUGGAAGCGUUCGGCGCCGCGGACCGACUCUUGACGCGCGUUCGCGAGAGCCUGUGCGCGGCGAACGAGACCACGUGCGAGAACGAGUACGAGAGCACGCGAAAGGAUUUGUGGCUGACGCUCGGGAGGGAGGUUCUGUGCGGCGUCGACACCGACGCCGACUCCACGUGGGAGACCAUUCGGCGGACGAACACGCAAGGCGCGUUUGCGGUUUUAUUGUCAAAGUGCGUCAGGCCGUGGAGCGGCGAUCUCGAAGCGAGCGUGCUGGAUUUAUCGGUACGAUUCAUCGCUCGGGCGUCGUUGCAGCGCGAUGAUGUUAACAGCGUGAUCGUGGCGAACGACCUCAAGUCCGGACUGACGACGACGGCGAACUCGGACUUCGACGUCAACCAUCCGAGUUACAUCCCAGGCUUGGCGCCGGUUCCGACGGAGAUCACGGGCUUCAGCGAGACUCGUCCGGUCGUCGUCACCGCGACCGAGCAACCGGACGAAACCGUAUACGACGACCCCGACGUUGCGAGGACGAUCGCGGAGGUAAGGAAGGCUUGGUCGACGGCGCCCAAGUCCUCGGCGGGCGCGACAGAGGCGUUUCCGUCGGAGUACGCCAAGCGCGUGGAGAAGGAACGCGAGGGCCAUCUAGCCGAUCUCGGCGUGGAGUCGGAGUAUCGUAAAAAGUAUCUCAAACAUCCGUACGUCAAGGCGCACUACGAUAAGGCGACGAAGUGCGCGGGGGCCGCCGAGGACGACGACUUGUGCCUCAAGCGCGUCGUCCCGCGAAUCGGGUACACGCACGCCGAGGAUGGUACUCGUUUACUCUCCGUUUACGGUACGCCGUUGCCGAGCGAUUACAUUGACUUCAACCAACCGUACACGUACGGUGUGUACAGCAGACCGUUCUGA